AUGAUUUUGCCAUAUUUUGGAGAUGUUUUUACCAAAUUUCAUGUGCCUAUUGUGGCUUUUUCCCCUUUUAGUGCUGCUUCACUUGCUAUGGAUUAUGCUGCUUGGAAAGCUGAUGUAGAGUUCAUCAAACAAGGUGAAACCCGGUUUCUUCCGGGUUUACCCGAUGAAAUGGGCAUGGAUUAUGGUGAUAUAGUAAGGAGAUACUAUAACUCAUCAGAGGAACCAUUAAUUGGUACAAAGAAGAAAUCUUUUCCAACACAACCUGGUGAUGAGCCAGUUUGGGUCCAAGAGGUAAAGGUUACAAGUGCCAUUCUUGUGAACACAUAUGAUGUACUAGAACACACAUUCUUGGAAUAUUUAGCCAAACAAACAAGACUUCCAAUUUAUGGAAUUGGCCUUCUACCAGAAAAAUUUUGGUCACUUACAUCCACUAAAUCCCUAAUCCAUGACAAAGACAUUAGAACAAUUAAUAAUUCAAGUCAAAAAUCAAAUUAUUCAGAAGAUGAAGUACUCAAUUGGCUAAACACAAAAUCAUCAAAUUCAGUAAUUUACAUCUCUUUUGGUAGUGAACUUUUACCAACUUUACAAGAACAUGAAGAAAUUUCAAAGGCACUAGUAGAGCUAUCAAGUCAAAAUUUCAUAUGGGUAAUUUCCAAGAAUCAAGAUUAUUAUCCUAAUGACUUGGAAAAUAAAGUUGGAAAUAGAGGUUUGGUUAUACAUGGAUGGGCCCCACAAUUGUUGAUUUUAAGUCAUCCGUCCACUGGCGGAUGUUUGUUUCACUGUGGAUGGAAUUCGACUAUGGAAGCGAUUGGACAAGGGGUACCUUUAUUGGCAUGGCCAAUUAGAGGUGAUAAUUUUUAUAAUGCAAAAUCUAUUGUGUGUCAUCUCAAGAUUGGUUAUAUGGUAUCAUCAAUUAGAGAAAAUAUUGGGUUGAAAAAGGUUAAGAAGGAUGAGAUUAUACAAGGGAUUAAGAGAUUAAUGGAGGAUAAACAAGUUCAUGAUAGAGUUGAAGAAUUAAGUGACAAAUUUAGAAAUGCUAAUUUUCCAGUUGGUUCAAUUGCUAAUUUGCAUGAUUUUAAGGAUUUUAUUAUGCAAGCAAAGUGA